UAAUAAACCAAUCUACAACAUCCUGUCACUUUUGGUCAGAAGAUUGACAGGUGAACCUCACUUAACUGUGUAAUACGAUAAACAGAUUUAAAGACUCAAGAGGAAAGAAAUUUCAUUAUGAAGUGUGAUAACCUGGUUUUUCUGUCUGCUAUAUGCAGUGUAUAUGUGACUCAUUUAGUACUGUGUGGAAAGGACUAUUAUGAAAUUCUUGGUGUUAAGAAGAAUGCAACUGAUAAACAGAUCAAAAGAGCGUUUCGUAAACUUGCUAUAAAAUACCACCCAGAUAAAAACAAAGAGAAAGAUGCUGAGGAAAAGUUUAGAGAAAUUGCCAAAGCAUAUGAAGUAUUGUCAGAUACAGACAAAAGAAAGAAUUACGACAGGUUUGGUGACACUGAAGAUGGAAAUUCUGGACAAGGAGGAAAUGGAUUUGGUUUCGAUUUCGAUUUCAAUGACUUUUUCAAAGGAUUUGAUCACGCUUUCAAAGAUCAUAAACAACACGAACAAGGACAUCAUGAUGCUAAUGAUCAUGAUGGAUUUACUUUCCAUUUUGGACAAAAUGGUGGAAGUUUUAAUUUUGGUGAUUUAUUUGAUGAGGACGAUGAUGAUAGUAAUGGUGAGGAUAGCAUUUUUAAGUUUGGUGGUUUUGACGAUGAUUUGUUCGGAGGAGGAUUCCACAACAUGUAUGAUGAAGAAUCUAAUGGUAGACAUCAACACCAUUUCCAUACCCACAAUAGAAUGCACGACCAUGUGCAUCACACCCAUCAAAAACACAUGCACAAUAUGCACGAUGCACACAGACCUAGACAAAAUCAGCACAAUACCCAUACCAUGCAUACCAUGAGAUCUUCAGGUGGUAGAACAUGUAGAACAGUAACACAGAGAGUAGGAAAUAUGGUCACAACACAUACAGAAUGUUCCUAGUAUACAAGGGAGAUAAUGAUUAAAGGGGAGAUUACCUCUGUUUUAUCUGUGAUAGGCUGACAGAUGAACUGCAGCAACAUUUCCUGAAUAACCUGUAAAUUGAAUUGAAAAGACCAUGUUCAGUUUUUAUCUCGGUCUUCAUGUGUUCAACUGUUAUAUAUUUUUAUCAUUUGCAAACUUUAUCAGGGAUGUGGUUCACUGACAACAUUAUAUGUGAGCAUUUUACAUAGAACAAAAAAUUAAGUUGUUUCAUAAAAAAAAUUUGUUUCAUGGAUUAUUGUGUUUAACAAUGUUGAAGAUUUUUUUUUAUCAAAUUUGUUGUUUUUCUAAGUUAAACAUACAUUACACUUUCUUCAUUGCUUUGGGAAAAGGUGUUAAACUGUCUGUCUGUUUCCAUAGGUUGGAAAGGAACUCAUUCAAAAGUCACUUGAAGGUACAUGUACUAAAGUAUUUUCAUCUUUUAAUAUUCAGUUGCUUUUUAUUUGAACUAUCAGUAUUAUUCAGACUAACUGAAAUAUGGUGUUCUGUGAAUUCAUCUUUGUUCAGAUAUCAGUCACUGCAUGAUGGGCAUGUCAGCUCUAUAUAUGUCAGUCAGGGAAACAACUUAAACAGGUGAUUUUAAAAUCACUUGUUUAAGGUAGAUUUAAGGGGGUCUAAAUUAAAAUAGAUAGAAAGUUUUAAUACCUUUUGAAAAUGUAGUUUUCAAAAUGAAAUUAAAGUAUUGGUUGUAGAACGUUUUUCAAUAUUUUGAAAGUAUAUAGUAGUUAUAGUAUUUUUACAGAUGUUCCUGUAAUUUUCACCACAUGAGAACACUAAAAGUUUGACCUAUAACACUCCUUUUUAUUGCAUAAUCCCAAUAUUGGAAGUAGAGAAAUUCUUCUAAAAUUUUGCAAAAGCAUUUUAAAAUGCAAAACUUCACAUAAAAAAUUGUAAAAAAUGCAAAGUUGUUGAAAAAGGAGUACAGCAUAAGCACACUAGGAGUUAUUUCUUUAGUCAAAAAGACAUGCUGAUUCUUUUCCAAAUUUUGUUUCUUUUAAUAUGUAACUUUUUUUUUUAAUGUCCUAUAAAUGUAUCUUAGAAUUAAGAAAUGCUUCUCAAGCUUGUGAUUUAAAAAUGACAUGUUUCAGUAAUUCCCCUGACUAACACAUGUAAGAAAUUAAGUAAUGAAGUCAAUAACCCAUUUACAACUCUUCUACAAAAUCACCAGAAGUAAUGUUAAGUUAAGCUUGCUUGCCAGUAAAACAUAAAUUCUCAUUGAAACUUUGGCACAUUGAUUGUAUAUAAAAUAAGGAGAUGUGGUAUGAUUGUUAAUAAGAAAACUAUCCACCAGAGAUCAAAUAAAGAAGUUGUUAUAGUUUGCCUGAUUAAAUUUAGUAUUUUCUACAUUCUCUGUUACAUGUACCAUGCCGAAAGUUUAAUAUUAGAUAUUUCAUUAUUUUGUUAUGAUCAGUUAGAAAAAUUUUCAAACAAAAAUACAUGGUUUUCCCCAUCUAUCUAUUAACGUUGAAUAUCAUAUAAACAUAAUGAUUGUUUAAAACACUUGCAUGCCUUUUUACUGAUUUAUUAUUCUGAAAAAAAAAUGAUGUUUUUAAAACACAUUUAAAGACCCAGUAAUCAUAUGUAUGGUGGUUCAAUUUUGUUUUGUUAUAAAUUAAAUGUCAUGUUAAUCAUUUAUUAUUGGAUAAUUAUUUUUUGUUUUAUCGAUUGUUUGUGUACAUGUAUGAUUGAUUAAUUGUCAUUUGCUUAAUGUAAAGUGGUAGGUUAAUAAUUAAAUAUAUACGGUCUUAAUAUAACAAUUGUUUGGAGAAAAAAAAUAACAAGUGUGCAUUAUUUCUAGAAUCAACUUUAAAAGCAAAAGUAAAUGUUUGGAAAAAUUGCAUCAUGAAUUUUUAUUAUUAUUUGCUAUUUUAAUUUCCUUCAAUAGAAAUUGAUGGUAAAUGAAAUUUUACUUGUAACUUAAGAAUGUUAAGCUUAGAGGGCAACAAGAUUUUCUUAAACAAAAGCUUUGGCACAUUAUAAUUUUGUAACUAGAUUUUAUGCAAGUACUACAAGAAUAGCUGCCUACUUAUGAAAUUUUUAGAUGGUUGUAAUGCACCUUUAUAUUAAGCAUGAAUGUGAAAUCAAACAAAUAUAUCUGUACAUCAGCAAGUAUGUUUACCAAAAAUAUAUUCAAUAUUAGUUAUAUAUGAACACAUAAGAAUGUUUCACUAAAUUCUUUGGCAAUUUAACCCUUUCCGGACCCAUUUUAUAAAAAAAUUUAAUCAACUUGUGUUUGCCGAUGAUCUCAGAAGAUGAUUGGAUGAGUUUUAGGUCAUAACUUUUAUCAGCUGACUGGAUGAAUCAAAAUAUGCUAACAGGUGUUAAUGAAAUUGACUACUUUGUGGAAUGUGGAACGCACUCAAGGGGAUUUUUGUUUAUCAAAAAUGAAAAUUUAUUUGAUAAUCAUUAGAGAAACAGAUUCUUACAUAGUUACUCGUGGAUUAACGGAUUUAUCAAAUCUCGACAGUUAAAUUAUCAAUUUUAAAGUCCUCCCUAUUAGGCUCGGACUUUAAAAUUUAUGAUUUAACUAUCUCGAUUGGAUAAAUCCGAUUAUCCACUGGUAUCAAUGUAAGAAUCUAUAUUUCUAUACCAGUGAAUAUUAAGUAUUGUUGUAACUGCAGAUAAUGUUUUGCCAAGUUUAAUUCUUUUGUUGCAUUAUUAUGUAUAGAAAUGUUGAUAUUGUUAAAAAUCCAAUGUCUUUCAUUUAAAAUGUUGUCAGUAAAUACAGCUAUUUUUUGUAUAUCCGAACUGUGUUGUAGAUUAGUUUGGAAAUUCUAACUAUCUUCCGACUGUAAAGGGGUUUAUUUUCUCAUAGUUUACAUUUCACAAUUUCUAGGACCAAAACCUAUUCUCAUGUGUUUUUUUUUCUCUCCAUUUUCUUGUCCCUUCUCCAGAUUCUCCCUAUUGAGUGAAUGUUUUUGUGAUUUUUCUGAAAUAAUAUGAAAUGGAGGAAUAUCCCACUUUUAAAAGUCUUUACACUAUUUAUCUAACGGUCUGUCCAUCAAUCUGGGAAAAUUGUGUAUUGUAAACUAAUCAUUUGAAGAAAUACUGCCCUGUUUUUACAUUGAUUUGAGACAUAUUAUGUAAUGCCUUAGGGCUGUUCCAUACAAACAUACAUGCAUAUGGGACUCAGGAAAAAACUAUGGGUGAGUGUCACCUAUUUUAUUAUAUAGUAAAAAUGUAAGUGAAAUUCUAAAAGUGUCUUUCCAAUUUUUAAACUGCUUUCCGUGGGUUCCAUGUAUGUUUUAACGGAACAGCCCUUAAUCUUUUUGAAUAAUGUAAACUAUAAAAAAGCCCAUAAAACCAUACAAACUUAAAUGAUUGUUCAGUAUUCUUUUUAAUCAAUUAUUUUGUUUUUUACCAGGGAAAAUGUAUUGAAGAAACCAUAAAGUAAACAGUUUGUUGAUUUGUAUUUACUGAUAAUAUUUAAAAAAAAUUUAAUAAAUCACUCAAUCAUAUCAUUGUAAAAAGAUCAACAUUCACCAUUUUCAUUUUAAAAUGAUGGUGCUGUUAUUUUGUUGAAAUAAAAUUAAAGAUAU